UUAUACACAUCAUCGUCGAUAAAUGCACGUCAUCAUCAUUAAUCAUACACGUCGGCUUCUAUAUAUAUAUCAUAUCUUUCCUCUUUGUAUUCUUCUUCCAGAGCAUAUUCGAAAGUCUUCCCCCAAAAAAGGAAAGAUCAAAAAACGCCGAUGGGUGAAGAAGGAGAGAAGAAGGCAGUCACCGUCGUGGUGAUGAAGCUUGAUAUGCAUUGCGAAGGCUGUGGGAAGAAAAUCAAACGCCUCUUGAAACAUCAUAAAGGCGUGGAAGAUGUGGAGAUUGAUUAUAAAGCCGACGAGUUGACGGUGAUCGGAAACGUAGAUCCCGCGGCGGUUCGAGAUAAAGUCGCCGACAGAAUCAAGAGAAAAGUAGAAAUCGUCUCAGCAUUGGCGCCGAAGAAAGAGGAAGCAGAGAAGAAAGCUACUCCUCCUCCUCCUUCUCCUGCUCUACCAAAAGAGAGUACGGUGGUUUUUAAGACGAAACUUCACUGUGAAGGUUGCGAACACAAAAUCAAAAGAAUUGUCAGCAAAAUUAAUGGGGUUAGUACAGUGGCCAUUGAUAGCGCCAAGGACUUGGUGAUAGUGAAUGGGAUCAUUGACGUUAAACAACUCCUUCCUUAUCUCAACGAGAAGCUUAAACGCAAGGUCGAAGUCGUUCCCGCGAAAAAAGAGGAUGAAGCCGUCGUGGUAGCUGCGGCGGUUCAAGCUGGAGAGGACAAGAAGGACAAAGGCGUUGGUGAAAAGAAAGAAAGUGGUGAUGAAAAGAAGAAAGAAGUAGCCCCAGACGGUGGUGCUACGGUGGAUGUGAAGAAAUCGGAGUAUAGCGGUUAUGGUUAUCAACCUCAGCCCAUGUAUUACUACCCACCAGGACAAGUGUACGGUCAACACUACAUGAUGCAAGGUCAAUCAUCAUCUCAAUCCUAUGUUCAAGAACCGUAUAUGAACCAAGGAUACGUACAAGAAUCGUAUACGAAUCAUGGUUACGGUCAACACUACAUGAUGCAAGGUCAGUCAUCAUCUCAAUCCUAUGUACAAGAACCGUAUACGAAUCAAGGUUACGGUCAACAAGGGUAUGGACAAGAAGCAACACCACCACAACCGUACCAAGGGUAUGGAGAUCCUUAUGAUCCAUAUGCUCAUAUGCGGGCUCCUGACAUGUUUAGUGAUGAGAAUCCAAAUGGUUGUUCUAUUAUGUGAGUGAAAUGAGAGUGGGUGUCAUUGUAAAUAAUAAAAGGAAUUUAGGGAGAGAGAGAUAGAUAUGACAAAAUUGUAAUACUAAACCCGCGAGAUUGGCCGGUUUAGAACCGGUUUUUGAGAGGCGUGUGUUGGGUCUUAUUUGUUGGUCGGGUC